AUGUACGGCUCUUCCGCCGACUUCCCCACCGCUGGGCCUCUCUUUGGGAAGGAAACCUGUCGAGGAUUGGCGGACAAGAGCUUCGAGAAACGCAAAACGGCAGCUCAGGCGCUGCAACAACUCAUUAAGCAGCAGGUCCAGGAUGCCGCCAAUGCCGCAGCAAGUGGCGGAACAACGGAAGCAGCGGCAGACAAGCCGACCACAGGGCAGCUGCAACAUCAUCAAGAGCAGCUGCAACAGCACGAGCAGCAGCACCAGCAGCAGGCCACUCAGGAAACGGUGCAGAAGGCAGUGUCUGCGCUUACGGCCGACUUUUUGUCGAGCCCAAUCGCCAACAUACGCAAGGGGGGCCUCUUAGGGGUUGCUGCUGUGGGCUUGGCCUUUGAGUCCGGCGGCUUGGAGAGUUGCUUGCUGUUGCUUCUACGGCCUCUGCUGAAAUCCUUCGGCGAUCCUGACCCUCGUGUGCGGUACUACGCCUGCGAGAGUCUUUUCAACGUACUUAAGGCCGCAAGAGGCCUCUGCCUGCAGUUUUUGCCAGAGUUGUUCGAUGGGCUAUGCAAACUCUGCGGCGAUGUUGACCGGGAGGUGCGCCAGGGCGUGAGCUUUGUAGACGGCCUGCUGAAGGAAGAGACAGCAGCAGCAGCAGCAGCAGUAGCAGAAGCAGCGGCUGCAGCAGCUGCUGCAGCAGCUGCUGCAGGGGUCCCAGUGGCACCAGCAAAGGCCGCAGCCGCAGCAAAAGGACCAAUCACACCAGCCUUCAUACAUUUGCUAGUCGAGCGCCUCCUCGUCCGCAACCCUUAUAUUAAGCUCCUCGCGGAAGUUGUUCAGACUCGUGUUUUAUGCAGCAAGAGUUUGGAGGGCCGCGUGCACCCCUGUCUGUAUGAGAACGUCUUAGCAGCAGCGGAAGCAGCAGCAGCAAUGGCAAGAUGCAUAUCCAUCGUCGGAAACUGCCAUGGGGUUGAUAUGCUACAGUAUCUGCCGCUGUUUUUGGGAGGGCUGCUGCAACUGCUUGGAGAUUCCCACAGGGACAUUCGCCAAGCUGCGGACUUGUGCGUCACCAAUUUUUUAGAGGAUCUGCGGUCGGAUCCUGUUGACACGGAUCCUGCCGUAGUGACGCAGACUGCAGAAGUGGUGUUACGGUGCAGCGACAGCAGCAAUAGUUCCUUUACGCAAUUAACAGCGUUGGUGUGGCUCCACGAGCUGCUUCUACUGCUAUUGCCGGACGAGGGGCAGCUACACCAGCAAAGGCAGCGGAAGCAGCAGCAGCAAGACUUUCUUCUGCCUCAAACCCCGGUCGUGCGGUGGCACUUGGAGGUUCAGAAACAUCUCAAGCCACUUGGGUGCAGAAUGUUGCAGAGCAUAUUGCGCUGCGCUGCGGAGGCUGAAGAAGAGAUCGCGAGAAUGGGUGCAGAAGUGCAUGCGCACGUCAUCGCCAGGGUGUUAGUUUCUACUGCUGCGCUGGACCUCUCCGACUUCGUGAGUAGCGCCGCGGAGUACUUGUGUUCGUAUACCCCGCCAGGACCCACAACAGCAGCUCCGGCAGGUGAAGAAAAUGCUGGGGCCGCAGCUGCUGCUCCAACUGGUGACGUCCGCUCGCUGUGCCUCCAGUGGAUGGAGUUGAUGCUUGUAGAGAAGCCACAUCUGCUGCUUGUGGGAAGCAAAGGUGAUCAACAAAAGCAACAACAGCAGAAGCAGAGUCCGAAGCAGAACGGCGUGAAGUUGAGCAAGCGUUUUCUGAAGAGGCAGCAGCACCGAACCGAUGUGAACGAAGAGGACAUCCAACGUCUCUUGCUACAGAAGCAGAAGCCCCUUGUAGCUGCAGUGCUGUACACGGCUCUUACAGCUGAAGGAUCGCCUGCAGCUGCUACUGCUGCUGCAGCGGCAGCAACAGAAAGACCAUCAGCGGCAGCGCCUGCUCAGGAGGAGCAGAGCCGACAACAAUCAACAGCGAUGCCAACGGAUCGGUCAGGGUCGGGCACAGCAGAAGCAGUAACAACAGGGUCAACGGCAACGGCAGCAACACCACCCAACCCCUUGCUGCGAAUGUCGCUCUCGGUCCUCCGUCGUUUCAUACAGCGCAGCGACGCAAAUCUCCGCGUGGUGUCGGAGGAGCUGCUAGCCCUCUUCAGCUCGAACCGCCCUCUCCUUGACUGCCGGGGUCACUUUGUUCUGCGGCAGCUCUGCACAAUGAGGAAUCCUUGCGAGGUGUACAUACACAUGGCGGAGCAGAUAGAGCGUCACUAUGCAGCGGCAGCUGCUACUGCGCGACAGCCGGCUGCGGAUGAAGCAUCUACCGAAGUCUCACCAGUGGUGGUCGCAUUAUCCGCAGCAUCAGGAUCAGCGGCAACCAAAGCUAUAUCAGCCUCAACAGCAGCAGCGGUCCAGAAGAGCCCUAGAUCUGGAGAUGAGGAUAGUCAAGCCAGGCAACCCAUAACGCCUGACACUACCGCUGAACAGACUCUGCAAUUUCUGCACCAAAUCGUUCAGGCCCUCAGUAUCGAUCUCUUAAGUGCCAAGGAAACUCAGGGUAUUCGUCAGGAGCUACGCAAAGCCGUGCUGUUUAUCUUUGCCUGUCGCACAGAUGACAACAGAAUAUUCGAGGCCUUACUUCCCACUUGGGCUCACAACUCAGUGUGGCUGAUAGCGCUUUCUCUGUAUGGGGGCAAAUAUGAAGUUGCCGCCGAGCUACUGAAGAUGAUCAGCAGCGAAGAUUCCCUCUCCGACUUGGAUAUGCUGCAGUUGGAGCAGCUGGUGCUGCUCCUGGAGAGCAAACCCUUUGCUUUGGUUCGCAUGGAUCUGCUGCAGCAGCCGGUAGACCCGCAUCUUGUUACUGCUAUUCGAGGUCUGGGCAUGCUGCUGCCUCAAGGCCCUGCGUUCUCUCUGCUGUACCGCCGGCUGCAGCUCGCCUCGCCUUCUGCUGGCUGUUGUUGCAUUUUGAAAGCCAGAUCUAUUAAGGAUGGCCCAGUCGCACAUACGGACUCCCUCGUGACGCGUGCUUUGUUGUUGGCGAGAACUGCGAGGAAGCAGUUUCAUGGGGAGCUGUCAAGAACGGAGGUGCAUAAGACAGCUUUUCAUGCCGGCGCAGUAGACUGCAGCACGCGAAGUGUCGCAAAGCCUUCUGGAAGUUCUCCUGUAACGCCAGUUGCGUCUGCUGAGAAGCUCCAGAGGAUAAGCUCACUUGAGUCCCUCGAGGCAGCCUUAGACGAGGCCCUCACUGAGCACGGUAGCAUUCUAAAGGCCUUUCCUUCUAGGGACAGCGACACCUAA